AUGUUGGGUGCUAAUUUCUUUUGUGUGCUUUUUGCGAUUGUUGGAGCUAGGAGACUUCCAGGUCUCAUUUGGUCAAAACACAACCUUGAGUAAGUUGAUUGAAGGUUUUUCCAAAAGGUUUUGGAUCAAGAAGAAUUUUAUUUUAUUUUCAGUGGGCUAGUAGUAAUACUCGGGGAAAAAGAAGCAAGUCUUCCUACAAAAAUCUAUUUUUAGCCAGCUUUCGACCAUUGUUAGCAAGCUUGCUAAAAAAAUUUUCAUAAUGGAAUAAAAUGUAGCAAGUUUGCGAAAAAUGGUCGCAAGCUGGCUAAAAAUCAGUAUUUCUUGCGACCACUUCCUAUUUAUUUCCCAAGUAUAUAUGUAUAACAAAAAAAGAAAAAUGAAUUAGAUCAAAAGAUGCAGAAGAGCCGUUUCGACCUUUACAUCAGACGCAGAGAAGUAGUCUAUCAACGAUUCCUUUUUGUUGGACCUUAAAUAUAAACCUAAACUAACCUAUGCGGGAAAAGGACAAUAUUUCCAAUCAUUUCCUUUUGAAAAAUCUCAACCAUAUGUAGUGUUACGUGAUCCAAAACCACAUUUGUUCUUACAGCUUUCAAAAUAAUGAUAUCAUUCGGAGUGCGAAAAUUGGUCAACACAUGAAAUUCUACUGUCCAUCCUCUUAUUGGUCUGAAGAUUCGGAUGUAUUUGACGUUUACAUGGUUAGUUUUUCAAGUUCAUCACAAAUUUAAAGAAAAACAAAAAUGUAUUUCUUAGGUUUCAAAAUUGGAAUUUGCCAAUUGCAUUCUGCUUGAUGAUUCCAAAAUGAUUUUGUCUUGCCGGAAUGAACCAGUGAGUGAAACACAGUAGUUAUAGUUCUACAUAAUCAAAAAAAAAUAAUUUAGAAAUCAGUCAACAUUGUUUUCCGCGAGAUCAAUCCAAUUCCAGGUGGAGACAUUUACGAGAUUGGAAAAAGUUAUUAUUUCAUGAGUAAGUGAUGAUACUUUUUUUUUUCAAUUAUAAGAUUCUUAUAUAACUUUCAGCAACUUCAAAUGGAACGUACUCUGGGUUGAAAAAUAUUCACUAUGGAUUUUGCGGGGAAAAUAAUAUGCGAUUUCAAAUCGAUAUCACUGGCUCAAUUUUACCACCACAACGAGGAAGAGGCUACAACAAUAAUUUCAAUCUAAAAAUAUUUUCCAGUCAGGUUCAUUACCAGAAUAA